UGAGACAACGCCAGGCCAAGGACGAUCGUCUCAAGAUGACAGCCUGGCUGCCCCUGGUCCCAGCUCGUGCUCUCUUUGUCCUCGCAGUCCCUUUAGCACGGGCCCAGCGUUCCGCAGGCGUUACCUUGGUAGCCAUCAAAGGACGCGGACCUGGACGCGGACUGGGACGCGGACACAGACGAGGCGGUCGGCUGACCGACUUAGCAGUCUCAGCAGUGCUUCUGGCACGCGCCCAGCGUUCGCCAGGCGUUACCUCGGUAGCCAAGCAAAGGACGCGGACUGGGACGCGGACGCGGACUGGGCGGUCUCAGCAGAAUUCCCUUGGAAGAUGUCUCGGCGCAGUGAGCGCCUGCGCCUCCGGUACCACCUACACGUUGAUGGAGAUGGCGCGGCAGCAGCACCAGCAGCAGUGGCUGCAGUUCCCCUGUGGUCGGCCAGCACAUUCAAUGCAAUGACAGUUCCCUCAGGACUCGGAGGAGGAAGUCAAGUAGGGUCAAAGGCCUCUCACCAUCCCCUCUCCUGGCCACAAUCACCUGCAGCACCCCUGGAUCCUCCUCAGGAUAUAGGUCUGAGGAUGACUGUGCAGGGCACUCGCUUUUGGACCAGCCUGGCUCUGCAGGCAACCUAAAGAACAGUGCUUCCCAAGUUGGCCCUUCCUGGGGUGGAUGGCCAUCCACUUCUCAGGGACAUGCUGGGCCCGGCUAGAGUAACUCUAGGACAGCGUGUAGAGAUGGGCUGAAGAGAGAAAGAUCCCCAAGCACAGCUACAGAGCCCUGGGAGGAUGCGAGACCAGAAUAGCAAGAAGCGGCUUCAGAGCUGGCAGGCUGGGAAGGGGCUAGCUCUGGGACAUGAUGGGCUUGCAGGGUGAAGCCUUUCAAUCUCUCUGCUGGGACUUUUGCAGGUUGGCUCUUUGGCCUGCUCCGCUGGUGCCUUCAUAACACCUGGUACCGCCUGACCACAGCUGUCUCCCUGCAGGACAUCUAUGUUUUCACCAGGUCAGUGAGGACUACCUGGGGCCUGCCAGAAUCAAAGAUCCACAGCUCCCAAGGACUCCACAGUCCCUCAGAUCAAUUUCCCCAUGUGCUUUGUCCUGUUCUUUUCCAGCUUUUUCAGACUUUUAUGCCAUGAAUCUUAUGACAGGGUCAGGUAGGGUCAGGGGUGUGCUGGAACCAGCUGGAAACUGCUUGUCAAAGUCAGCUACCAUUCAGGCCCUGAUUGAGUGUCUCCACUGAAGAAGAUGAUGGCAAAAGUGGGUUGCGUGUGCCUUGCCCUCCUCCAGAGCUGGUUGUUCGGCAUUCACCGGCACAGGCCAGCCCCCAUUACCCUUGGUUCUUCAGGGAAGUGGGUUGGCUCUCACUAUCGGGGGAUUGUCUUCCUGAGUUUCUUUUAGGAGAUCUCUCCUCAGUAGUUCCUGCCUCUGAUCACAACUGACUCUGCUCUUCCAAGUCCCAAUUGACAAGAACUGGAAGGAUUUAGAAACAAGAAGACUGCCUAAUUGCAGGACACAUCUGCCACCUGACCUCACAAAGGGCAGCAUGUCACCUAUCCUAACAACAUGAAUACAUUUCACAAAGGCCAACUUUACUACUCGCACUUUACCCUGAGGGCUGUCCAUUAAACCCCAGGUCUCCACAUGUUCAGUGCCCAGUGGCAGGGGGUGAGUGGGGGGGGCACACACUUUGGGGUUUCAUUUGCCACGCAGAGAGGGUCUCACCAGAUCCUGUGAUGGGGAAGGGCAGACCUUAACAUCUCCUCCUUCAUCUCCAUGAAAUCCAGGAGCUUUUCCACUGGGAAGAAGUUGCUCCUCUCUGUCUUGGGCAUGCUGUUUCUUGUGGCUUUGCUGGAUUAUGGCCUCAGAGCCUCAGGCUGCAGGGUAUGGGUGGUUGUCCUGCCCACUUUGAGCAUGACCCGCACUUGGAGCAAGGAGGUGUUUUAUCUGUGCCCUCCGUGGUCACAGACAAGGUGCUUGGUAUUUCUACCCCUCUGGACUCCGGACCUUCCACCCUGCUAUGCUCUCCUGGUUGGCAGCAAAGGGUAGCAGCAGGAGA